AUGGCGCUGGACGCGUUGCGCGCCUGGCUCGCCGUGCGCCUCGGUCGCGCGCCCCCGUCGACGGGCGACUCCUGCGUCGCGAGCGGCGCGCUGGAAUUGCUGUUCGCGGCGGGCGACUGCGCGGCGGCGGCGCGGCUGGCGCUCGCGCCCCUCGACGACGCGCGCGCGGGCGACGUCGCGCUGCGGUCCGCCGUCGCGGCGGCGCUGCGCCGCGUCCUCGACGAGCUCCGGGACCCGGCCCGCGCCUUCGCGUCGUCCGACGCGAAGGCGCGCGACGCCGUCGAGGCGCGGCUCCAGAAAUUGCUGUCCACGACUUCGCUCGACGCGCGCGAGCGCGCGGCCGUCGCCGAGGCGGCGCUCCGCGGCUACAGCGAGUGGGACCUGCGGUCCGCCGUCUGGCGCUUCCUGAAGACGGCCCACGGCGCCUUCGGGCUCUGCGCGACGACGUCGUUGGCGCCGGGGGCCGUCGUUUUGGGGUCCGUGAAGCAGCCGCUGAUCGUCGGCGUCGGCCGGGGCUUCGUCGCCUACGCGUCGGAGCGCGCGGCGGUCCACGUCGGCGCCAUCGGCGCGGCGCUCAAGUACCGCUACGUCCUGGCCGAGGGCGACGUCGUGUCCGUCGCGCCCGAGGCGACGGUGCAGGGCACGCUCGGCGGCUCGGGCUGCCGCCUCGCGCUCGCGCGCGUCGACGCCGACGCCGCCGUCUUCCGCGACCUCGGGUCGACGGACCUCUGCGACGCGGAGCGCAACGCGCUCAUGAUGCGGCCGCUGCCGGGCGGGCCGCCGGGCGACGUCGUCGGCGACGAUCUCCGGGACCUGCCGGUCCUCGCGUCCGCGCUCGCGCGGAGCUUCCGCCUGGACACGUCGCCGAACGCGGCGGCCGCGCGCGCCUUCGCCAAGGCCGUCUUCGACGCGGACCGCAUGCGCCGGAGCUCGCUGGACGUCGUCGUCGUCGCCGUCGAGGCGUCCCUGUGGGUCGCGGAGCAGUGGGCGGCCAACGCGCGCGCGGCGUGCCCCGUGCUCCGCGUCGUCGUCGCUUCCGCGAACAAGGCGCUGGCGGCGCUGACGGCCUGCGAGAGCGGCACGCACGGCGGCGCGACGUCGGCCCACGCGACGGUCUUCCCCUCGGGCGACACGCCCGCGAGACGGUGCCGCGGCGCCGUCGCGCUCGCCGUGUCCCACAGCGGCCAGACCUUCCCGACGCUCAACGCGGCGCGGGCCUUGAGGGACGCCGGGGCCGACGUGUUCGUCGUGGCGGGGUCCCUGGACGUGCAGCUCGCGGAGGUCGUCAAGGGCGGCCAGUCGUUCCGGAAGGGCGCGCGGCGGUCGAAGCGCGUGCUCGUGACGGGCGCGGGCGUGCGCCUCGCCGAGGCCGCGUCGCUGACGACGGCGUUGACGCACGUGCUCUUGACGGAGCUGCUCCUCGCGCUCGCGGCCAAGGCGCCGCGCGGCUCGUGCCUGCUGCGGGCGGGCGACGUCAAGGACCUCGAGACGCUCGCGGACGCGUGCGUCCACGACCACCUGCCGAACCUGUGCCCGGGCCCGGCGCCGCGGCCGUCGCGCGACGCCCACGCCGGGGCCCGGGCGCUGGGCGAGCGCUGGGCGGACCACGUGCUCGAGCCGCUCGCGUGCUUCGUGCUGGCGACGGCCUACGUUUUGGUGUCCGUCACCGCGGGGACGCCCCUCGUGACCACGGCCGUUUUCUACAGUUGCGGCUACCGCUCCCCGGCCGUCGCGGCCCUCGACGCGCUGCUCUACGCCUUCUUUCCCGUCGUCGCGGCGCUGGUCUUGCGCUUCGUCCAGAAGCGGACGAUGCUGGCGCGCUUCGGCCGGCGGACCAUCAUGGUCCUCGACGUGCCCAUGGUGCACCAGUGCGCCGUCGCCUUCGGCCAGAAGCUCUUCGGGCUGAGCUACGGCCUCAACGGCGUCGACUUCGCCGGCGCGAACCCGCGCGGACAUCGAACGGCGGGCGCGAACCCGGCGGACCACGGCGUGCACCGCAUGCUCCACCGCGUCGUCCGCGGCACGCUCGUCGCGCUCGGCGUGCCCGACGGGCGUCUGAAGGCGCUCGUGGACGUGGAGUGCGCGGCCUACCUGACGGCGUUGCAGCUCAAGUCGCUGUCGAACUGGGGCGUCGGCGCGGAGCUCGCGACCGUCGGCCACCACUCCUACGUGCCCGGCGUCGUCGACGCCGCGCUCAUCUUCGACGCCUUCCAGCGGCCGGUGUUCCUGUCGGAGGUGCACCACGCGUCGCCGCGGGCGCCGGACGCGCGGCGCCUCUCCUUCCUGGAGGCGCCGGAGGCGCGGUUCGGCGCCGUCGGCCCCGGCGUCGUCGGCGCGGCGCGCGCGGCGGGCGACGAGGACCCGCGGGCGCUGCUGGCGGCGCACGCCGUCGUGGAGACGCUCUACGAGGGCCGCGUCGCGUCGCUGGAGCGGCUCGUCGCGUUCUACGCCGCGUUCCACGCGCUCGCCGCGAAGACGAGCCGCGCGAGCGGCUGGCUCUGCCUCCUCAGCUUCGACAUCUGGCGCAGCCAGGCGGGCACGCGGGUCGCGACGACGCCCGCGCCGGCGUCGCCCGCGGCGCCCGUCGACGGCGGCCGGCCCAGGGACGACCUGGAGCGCGUCGCGACGACGGACCAGUUCCUCGCGAGCCUGGACGCGUCCCAGCGGGGCUCGGGCGGCUGGCUGAACCGCGCGCUCGACGCGUCGCAGCGCGGGUCGGGCGGCUGGCUGAACCGCCCGGCCCGGUCGCGGACGGCGAGCGACGAGAAGGGUCUGGACGACUCGCGGCGGUCCUGGCGCGACCUGGCCGCGGGCGUCGCGGCCGCGCUCGGCGUCCGCGAGAACCGGUCCGUGUCCGCGAGCUUGGACGUGUCCGCGUACGCGGCGCUGGACAUGGACCUGAGCCGCGGCGGCACGCCCUGGGGCGACCACGCCCACUUCGCCGCGGCGACGGCUUUGGCCGUGCCGACGGCCGCGCCCUCCGCGCCGUCGAGCCGCGCGUCGUCGCCGGGCCCGGGCCUCGACCUCGACAAGUCGCUCAGCGGCGACGCGCCGCUGUCCCUGGGCCUGGACCUCCAGCGCGCGGCGCCGCCGGCGGCGCCCCUGCCCGUCCGCGCGCUCCGCGACGCGUUUCCGCCCAUCCUGGGCGUGCGGCCGCGCGCGUCGCAGCCCACGGACCUCGCGCGCCUCGACGAGGUCAACAGCGAGAAGACGAAGAGCCGCGACUCCCUCGAGGACCUCGACGUCGUCCUCCAGGACUCCUUCCGCCAGGACCCGCCGCCCGACGACGACACCGCCGCGGACGCGGCGGACGCGGCGGCGCCCGGCGACGGCGCGGACGCGCCGCCGCCCGCGCCCGAGCCCCGCACGCCGCGGCCGGGUGCGAUGGCGCGGGCGACGGUGGCGCUGACGCCGCAGAUCCAGAAGCGCAUGGACGUCCUGUCGAAAGUCUUCGAGGGCUGGGAGGAGGACUGCAUGAACUGCAAGGCCUUCGCGGCGUCGCUGGCGGACUGGACGACGCCCAAGGGCGCCGAGGUCAUCCGCGAGGGCGAGGACGCGGCGCAGCCCCAGCUAUUGAUUUGCGAGUCCGGCGCGGCGGAGGUCUUUGUCACGACGACGACGAAGUCCGGCGCCAAGAAGCAGAAGCGCGUCGCGCGGCUCGUCGCGCCCUUCUACGUCGGCGAGGGCCAGGUCAUCGCCCGCAGCGUGCCCACGGCGACGAUCAAAGCCGCCCAGGACCUCGCGGGGUUCUCGCUGGACCUCGAGUCGUGCGACGAGCUAUUACGGACGGACUCGCUCGCGAUCCGCCUCGUGAAGCGCCAGAUCGAGAUCCGCGCCUUCGAGCGCGCCCCAGCGCGCGCCCACACCUACAACGACGGCCUCUUCUUCGGCAACAUCGACAACGCCGCGUUCUUCGCGGCCUUCGAGGCCUUCGCGAAGCGCACGUUCUGCGCGGAGAACGUCGUCUUCCUGCGGGGGUACCGCGACCUGCAGACCGAGACCGACGCCGCCGCGGCCGUCGCGCGCGUCGAGAGGCUCUUCCGCGACCACGUCGACGUCGACGCGUCGGACGCGGACAACCUCGCCGUCAACGUGUCCCAGAAGGUCGUCCGCGAGUCGAAGAAGAACUUCGCCGCGGCGCGGGAGGCCGACGACGUCGCCGCGCUGCGCACGGUCUUCGACAAGUGCGCCGAGGAGAUCAACCAGAUGCUCACGAAGGACAUCAUCCCCAACUUCAUGAACGGCGACGAGUACCGCGCCUACCUGCUCGGCGCCUGGCCGCUCCCGAAGCGGCCGCCGAAGCGCCGGUCGACGGCGUGCGGACUCAUGUGA